AUGGCUACAGAAGUGAGAUUGGGCUUCCCGUGGACCUCAUUUAGGGCCAGCCCCUCUAAGCAUCACUACCUGGUGGCAGUCCACCCUACCGGGAUGCAAAUCGCGGUUUGGUUUGCAAUCUUCGGCUUUGGACUGCACCACAACAAGGAGUAG